GUCAUAAUGAAGCAUAAGCUUUUGGGAAAGAAGUCCAAGUUCAGUUUGUUUAUUAUUCUUAUUAUUAUGGUCCAGUUCAUACGCUAACAAUGAAGUUGAAUAAGAAGCUUACUGAAAUCCCCGCAAAUAAUCAGUUCUCUCGAAAUUUCGAUCCUACAUGUGAGUUUCAUAUGAAUCCAGGUAGUUAUCAGUCAAAUGUAAAUUUAAUGAAUUCCAACUUAUCUGAUUCUGUCGGUAAAUCAAUAUCUAAUCCAAUAUGUAGCGACUCGUAUUUGUGUGAUACAACUAUGAAUCAACUGUUAACUUUGAAAUCGGAUACCGCCAAGAAAGCGGUCACAAAUACAUCAGAUUGUCCAAUGACUCCAUUUAUCUCCAAAACAUCAGAUCUAUUCAAUACAAUCGGAUAUCCAACUGGUCAAAUGCAUACAGAUCAUGAAUUUCAACAUGAAAUUAUUAAUACCGAGAGUAAAACAUUACCAUCAUGUAAAUUAUCAAGCAAAAUAGUACCAUACAUACAAACUGUACCACAUUUCAUUUAUAUAAAUAAUCCUAGUAAUAAUAAUAAUAAUAAUACUAAUAAUAAUGAUAAUAAUCAGUUGACUGAAUUAAAAACAUUCACUUCAACUAAACAUAAUCCAUCAUCUGUUCAAUCAGUAAAACAUGAACAAGCAAUUGUGAAAAACUGUGAACAUAUUUUAGAGAAUAAUCGAUAUGUCUGUCCAAAUUACUCUAUCAAUUCAUUGUCAACAUCUUUAUGUGAAUGUAAAAGAGGAGAGAGUGAUUUUGAUUUUAGUAAUAUUUUAUUUAAUAAUCCAUCGGAUUAUUAUUAUCCAAUUCAUGAAAUUCACAAUCAUCAAAAAUUAACUCAGAUACAAUUAGAACAACAAGAACAACCACAACAACACUGUCGAUCUAAAACAAUGAUGACACAAGAGAAUAGUAUUGACAAAUCUAAUUCAAUAACAUCUUGUAUGAUGAUGAAUUAUGAACCGGGUGAAAAUUUGAUCAGAUCAAGAAUGAAUUUAUCAACCUAUUUUAAAUGGUGUCAUAGAAAAUGUUUGUUUGAUUAA